AGCGGGUCAAUGGCACCAAAAAGAAGAGGACCGUUGCAACUUGUCCAGAGAGAAGUGGACGAAAUCAAACAACAGACUGACAGUGUGGUGAAGGAUGUGCAGAACCAGGUUGGAUCCACUGAAGAAGCGUUUCGACGAUGCCAAGAACUGCAGAUGUCAUCAGAGGAGACAUUGAGGAAACUGAAGAAACUUACAAAGGCUGAUGAACUGGCUCCGGUGGGGAACUAUGAUCAGAGGAAAGAAGAAGUGGAGAGACGGCUGCAAAGCAUCUUGGAGCGUCUGACUUCGCUCUCCCUGGAGCUUUCGCCACCCGGACCCAGCACUGCUGCAGGCAAUGUUUCAAAGGAAGAUAGUGAGGAUAGUACGGAUGAAGAUGACGACGAAGACAGCAAUGACGACGACGAUGACGAUGACGACGACGACGACGACGACGACGAUGAUGAUGCUGAUAACGAUGGUGAAGAUGAGAAGAGAGCCGUGAAGCCGCCGUCUCAGUCUCACCCUCGCAUCUUCAAAGUCCUCAGUGAUUUCAGAGGACUAGAGAAAGGAGACCUGUCUGUUCAGAGGGGUGAGGUGUUGAGGGUCAUAAGGAUGCCAGCAGAUGGAUGGUGGCUGGCUCAGGACACUAAAGGCAACAGAGGACUGGUUCCAAGGACCUUCCUGAAGAUGGCCUCUAGUGUCGACGUUGAAGAUGAUGAGGGUGACGACGACGAUGAGGAGGAGGAGUCGGAGGAGGACGAGGAGGAAGAGCAGGAGGAUGAAGAACUAUCCGAUGACAAACAGAGUACUUCACACACCAACUGGUCGACUGUCAGAAAGGCUCUGACUGAGAUUGAUGCAACAGAUGUGCUGUCUGCCAUGGGGGCCAUACCUUCAGGAUUCAGACCAUCGACUCUCAAUAAGCUGCUGGUGGAGGAAGGUGAAACAUACAGAGGAAGUCACUACAUUCAGCCUGAGCUCAGCCAAUCACAGCUCUCCUUUAAAGACCUCUUCCUGGACCCGGACACCGGCAGGGUUCGCUCUCGCCAGGUCAGGACUUGUGUUUGCUUCACGCUGUGGAGCUGCAAGAUGAUUCCUACUCCUGGGGUUGGAGUUCAGGUCCUCAGCAGACACAUCCGCCUCUGUGCCUUUGAUGGAACUCAGGUGCUGAGUAACAUCCACACAGUGAGGGCAGCCUACAACUCCAAGAGCCCCAAGACCUGGAGCUUCUCCCCGAGGAUGACGGGGAUCCUGCCCACCCUCCUGGACGGAGACUGUUUCCUGCGCUGCGACUCUACGUCUCCUGAACUCGGCAUCCUCUUUGAACUGGGAGUCACUUUUAUACGAAAUUCUACAGGUGAGAGAGGAGACCUGAGCUGUGGCUGGGCUUUCCUCAAACUGACUGAUGAUGCUGGAAAUCCACUUUCAAACAGGACCUACGAGCUGACUGUGAACGGUGGCACCCCCUAUGAGAGGGACGUACCAGUGGAGGCAUCACUCCCGAGAGGAUCUCCAGGCGGUGUUUUCCAGCAGAUGCGCCAGGCCAGGCGGCAGCCCAAACUCAUCGUGAAGCUGAAAUCGGCCAACAGCCGGACCAGAACGCAGCUCAGUCUCCUUCCAGACACUCUGCUGCACUGUUUAAGCUGCGUCCACCUGCUGGCUCUGCACAGGCAGCUGCUGGCCGACGCGCUGCUGAUGGACCGGCCCACCAUGCAGAAUGCAGAUCUCAUAUGCAGUCCUAUCCUUUCAACUUUUCCAGUGCUGUUGGACCAGACGGACCUUCUGGAUGCUCUCAGGAGCGCCUGGCUGGAGGCUGAGACCAGCAUGAGCAGAGCGCAGAAGAGAGACUUGUCCCAUCUGAAGCAGGAGUUCAUCAAAGUCUACAUGUCGUCCGCGUACUUCCUCCUCCACUCGCCGUCGCUGCCUCGCCACCGCUGGGCCGACCCGUCCUCGGAGGAGCAGCGGGCCAGAGUCGUCUAUGCCACCCUGGAAACUCUCAAAAGCCACCAGCACUCCACAGGCCAAGUGGGACGGCCGGAGGUCUUUGUGGACCAAACGCACUCGCACCUGGCCUUCGAUAUCACGGAGCUGACAUUUGACCUCCUCCGUGUUGCUCGGUAGCCAGGAUGCGGGUCAACAGUGCCUUUGGGUCGGAGUCGGUUACCCUCACAGUACAUUCUGACCUAAAAAUUCAACACUUGGUUGGUUUAUAAGACGAAUAGUGUGCCAUAUGUACAGUUAGACAAGGCCGGCAAUAAUCUAUAUUUUCAUUAUUGGUAAUAAAUUCUAUAUGGCUUCUUCUGUGUAAGAGAUCAUGAAAAAUCAGUCACUGUGGUUCCUAAAACAUCACCCAGUGCAACCGUUCAUGUACUUUUAAUAGAUUAGAUUACAUUUUCGACACGUUACAACACAACUCAGACACACUGGAGCAGUUCUGUGUCGGUUUAACAUGAGAUUCAUUCACAGCAGCACAAAUAUAGACGAUAGUCAGACUUUGCCUCCAGGCUGCUAAUAAAAAGCUGACACAUAAAGAGCAUUUGCAUCUUUUUGUACGUUGUGUUUACAUGAGAUUAUGGCUGCUGACUGCCUGAAUAUUUGUGAAAUAAAAGCUUUAAAUUAU